GGCGGCUGUUUCGGUCCGUUGCCAUGGUGAGCGACGUGCGGCGUUUAGACGCUAGAAACUUGACAGCCCAUCGUCGCGGCCUGACAAAACAAUUAUCCGCAGACCCCCCGUUGCUCGAAUGAGACGUGUAGAGCCCCCGCUGCUUGUUCCGUAGUUCGUUGAAAAGUUCUGACUCCUCUCUCCACCCCUCAAACUCACGUGACGUCGCUUCCUCAGGGUUGGCACCCGAUGAACGGCCCGGUCCAGAAUGACCUCCCGAAGCAGCCCGCCGCCGCGCCCCGGACCCCCAAGUCACCCGCGCCGUCGGCACCGAAGUCGCCGAACUCGAGUGCGCCAAAAACUCCAGUUGUGAACGGAAACCAGGCACCCAAGGAACCCCGUGGGAGAUCUCCAAAUGCUUCAGCGCGAGUGGCGACAGAGAAACUUCGCCAAGAAGCGGCGGCAUUGCAGAAGAGGGUAGCGCAGUUUCGUUCAGAGAACCAGGGACUGAAGUCGAAGGUGAAGCGACUCGAGGACGAUUGUGCGCGCAAGUCCAGGCAACUAGACAAGCUUGCGCAGACAGCCAAGGACAAGGCGGCAGCUGCUCAGGAACAAAAGAAAGGAGAUGAUGCCUUGAAGCAAAAGUGUGCCAGGCUUGAAAUGCAGCUCAAGGAAAAAGAAGACAAGUUGAAAAAACUCCAGGCCAUCCAGAGACGCUCUUCAGAGACGGCCACGCCCGAGAAACUGCACCCUGCCAAAUCUCGGCUGACGAGCAGUCAGCCGCGAGGGUCGAGUGCCGAGCUCGUGAAACUUCGUGAGCAGAUGGAUCGUAUCAGUCAGGAGAAUCGCCGACUCAGUUUCCAACUGAAGGAAAAAGAACAAGAAAUUCGCCGGCUGAAGUCCCAGCUGCAGCCGGCGGCACCGGCAAAAACACCCGUGAAGGCACUGACGAGAACACCGACAAAGACACCACCAAAGACACCGCCAGUGGCCCAGCCGUGGAAGUGGCCAGAGGCCAGCCAGUUCGAACCGAGCCGGGUCGGCUGCCACCGAACCACGCAAGAACGUCGCAACGGCCAAGCGCUCAAACACCUUCAGCGUCACCCGAGGUCCCCCGCAGCCAGACGACAAAACAGAGACGUCAGAAAUCACGGUCGAGUCGAGGUCGACACCCCCGAACAACAAGCCGCAGCAGUCGUCGGCAAGCAAAAGCAGUAAAGAAGCGUCGGCGCCCGCAACAGCGGUAGCAAAAUCCAAACCGACUGCCACGGUUAAACCAGCCGCAUCCAAUCAGCUGCCGGACCCAAAGGCCGAGGAGAUUCGGCGCCAGCAUGCCGCAAGGAAGAUUCAGCGUGUGUGGCGGCAGCACAGACGGCGAGCGAGCGUGGCAUCCCUGGGAGUCUCGGAAUCCUCUAAGCUCUCGGAGACUUCUAAUCUGUCACAAGGCUCUCAGAUGCUUUCGAAGGCAAAUCCCAUGCAGCAAAAGUAGAAGACCUGGAGCUUCGAAGCAACUUACCAGGGAAGAAGAGGAGACAAUUUUGUUCUUUAUUCCUUUCCACAAUUUCGUACAGUAGACCGUACGGUUUCUGUUCCAUUGUGUCAAUGAAUGUCACAACUUCGAUGCAGUAGUCUCGCUGCAAGUCUUUCCGAGUGCAUUUGUGUCACGUACGUGGUUCUGUGUGUGCGCAGUGUUCUCGGCAGCUUAUUAUUUUGAGACGCGCAAGGACAUUUCUUGACCUGUACUGCGUUGAAACCUGAGGUAACGGUAUCGAAAAAUGUUGGUCACGAUUCCUCAUAAUUUUUUCAUUCGUGCACCAGUAAUUUAUCCAAAAGACGAACUCGUGGGAUAAGCACGAGUUCUGUCUUUUCGUGCGUCUUUGCGACAACACAUUCCACAUCUCCGUGAAGCUGCAACAUUUUACAAUGCUUGCGUUAGAAACAUGCAGCGCAUUACCACGAAGUUUCGUCGUUGCUUCAAGAGCAGCAAUGACAGAGCUGACAAUGGAAUAUGUUCUCUAGCAAAUCGUGAAAAAAAUUUGUUGGUUGAGUUUCGCUUGCAUGGAAUCUGUCAGGCAGCUUCUGUAGAGCUAUAAUGAAAGGUGCCAUAAUGAGUUGCUUGGGCACGGUUUGAAGAUUCACCCAUCCCUUUUCUGAGGACAUGGAUGGGUGUAUAAGUGUGGCAUUACUGGAAAUAAAAACUGUGUUCUGAACGACACCAAUGCUAUAAUGUAUGCUACAUUCCUUGGGAGUAAUAUUGGAAGCUGCACAUGCAUGUGGUAAAGAAAGCUACUUUGUAACCUUUGAUCAAGGGGCUGUGUUAAUCUUUUUUCGUUUUGGGAUUUGCGAUGUGCUGCUCUGUUGAUAUGUCAAUACAUUCAAGUGACAUUUCAUUCAAUGUGCACUUUGUACGAGCGAAGCAAUUCUAGUGCUUUCAAUGUGUGUAGAAAGGUCACAAGACUGCGAAGGUGAUGCUAGCUUGUUUCUUGUUGAUGCAGUACACACAGCUAGUAUUGAUAAGAAACUGAAGCUGUGAUGUACCAGCGUGUAUUCUUUACAUCGCAAUCCAGAAUACUCAUUCCUUUGUUGGUGGUUAUGUAGUGUAUCGUAUACUAUCCCAACGUUCCCAUAGGAACCUGCAUUUCAACGAAUCUCAUUUAGUUUUUAUGCAAGCAUAAAUUGUUGCUUGUGUGUAGUCCAGUAUUGAAGUACAUGUACAUGUAUGUUUUGUAGUAAGCAAUGCAAUACUCGUUUGUACCAUUGUUGACAAUUAAAAGAAAGCAUGCAACACUCCUCUUGGAAACGAACAUUUUGGUAAAAGCUUGAUUACACUGAAACAUGAAACAAUAUUCGUUUUGCAUCGGAACUCUAAGCUUUGAGUGCAAAUUUUCCCGAAAUCAUUUCUGCGCAAUUUUUGCUUCUAUAUCCGCUAUUGUAAGCAAAACUGGAAUGUUUCUGAUACUAAAGAGUAUGACGUUGUGGACGUUUUCGAAGUUUUUCUUAUGAGCUUAACACGUGCAGUUAUUGACAAUCAAAUAUUGUCCCUGGUAACACAUCUGCAGCCUUCACGUUUUAUUUAAUGAUGUCGCUAUGUUGGCAGUAGAGCAAUGCUCACGGUGAUACGAGGGUCACCCUGUUGAACUUCGGUGUUGGCAGGAUGGAAUGCCUUGCAAGGCAGGAUGGAAUGUCUAAUCAGUUUGCGAAUGAACCCGACGUCGCUGAACUGCGAUAAACACAAGAACGCUGCCCGUUUCUCCCAGCUCUCAAAUGCACUCAUUUGUACAAGUGUUGACAAUUAAAAGAAGGCAUGAAAUACCCACUUUAAAUCUUUUUGGAAACAAGAGCUUUCGGUAAAAUCUUGAUCACAUUGAAACAUGUUUAAGUCUCAGACAGCGUCGUCACAACACCAGUGCCUAGCGUGGUUUUCCAUGAAUUGAGUAGUAUUUGGGGAGUAUUUCUGCCACACAACAAUAAUCGUCAUCCACCUCGCGUUAUCGCUGCGGUCCUGGCUUUUCCCGGUCACGAAUGGUGUGCCCGCUAUCAACGCACAAAGCCUUCUUGAUAGGAAGGCGGUGUGAGCCGGGUUUUCAAGAAAAGAAACGCGAGCAAGCCAGACGACGAUUAUAGUUGUGCGGCAGAAAUACUCGUAUUUUUUUAAGUGUGGCGACAGUGCCCGAUGCUGUUAACAUCGAUGGCAUCCUAUUUAAAUACGAAAGCUUACUGGGCUCAUCGUGUGACCCCGCUGUUAUCGGCUAGUAGUGGCAGAAAAGAGGCACGCAAUUUGAGUCAUCUUCGAGACUCUGCACGUGGUUGUUGGCAAAAUGUUUGAAAAGCAAGCAUUGGUGGGCGAUCGACUAGAUGGCGCCCUUGCCCCCGACAACGCGCAAGGCAGAACCGGCACGACGAGCCCCAGUGAAGCAACAUGCUGGGCGAUGCGAGAGCCGCACAUUACCUCGCUCCCACAGGUCGAAAACGGGAAACACGCGAGAAACGAGGAAUUGAAGAAUCGAUGCGACACGAUGUACAUCCCACUGCUGGAGAACACCAUCCGAAAGCUCGGCACCAUUUUGCUCCAACACUAAGCUCAGCGACAUAAGCGACAAAUGCUCUCGAAUUUACGCAUCUUGAAAAUUAGGUGUUCCUAUAGCUUUUUUUUUUAAGAAAGCGACAGGCACCAGUGACAUAAGUGUUUAGAUGGCUGUAUGAAUAGGAGCUGAAUUGUUGGCACUAAGCCAUACAACACUUGCUUUUAUACUGACCCGGUAAGUCAUACCAUUGUGCGAUUCUAGCUUUACAAGGUUUCCUUUAUAACCAGGGGCACAAUUUUGUUGAAAUGUUUAACCAGCCUAGGGGCAUUUUCACGCUGUGUUGCAGUAAGAAAAAUUUCCACACUUUUAUAAAAAGAGCAAAGCAAUUUUCAGCAAAAGUGCAAAGUCCGGGCUGAGUACGGCGAAAAAUAACUGCCUUGAGUGCUUGCGAAGGCAUUGUCGAUGGGCAAUUCUAUGCUCGCUCAAAAUGUGUUGCAGAGCUUCAUUUGAUCUUUCUAAUUUGCAUCCAUUUUUUUUUUUCAUAAACCGGUGACAGGUCUGUUACUGAAGCAGUGUAUAACCAUGUACAUCACUUUUGUUGCAUGGAAGAAUGUCAGGCAUUCCACGUAAAACCCUUUCAGCACAGAUGAGCCCAGCAUGUCAACCCAAUUCCUGGCCAAAAAGGUUUGUUGAUGCCUUGAAUGACAGGUUCAGUAUUUCACCAGUGGUACAGCCAGUGUUUUCAAUUUGAAACAUAGCCCACAAAAACAUUUUAAUUUUGCAAGUCUUUGCGAAACAUGUACGUACUACUAUACCUCAUUUUGUUUUGCUCAAAUAGUAAGCUGUGUACAGAGUGUCGCCAUUGGAACUUCUGUGCCAUGUGUUUGUCUGUGCGAUGAAAAUAAAACCUGUUGCACUGUACCACUUGCA